AUGCGCAGGCGCAAUCACACACUGGGUCUUUGCCGACCCUGCGGUUACUUCAUCAUGAAGGAGCUGCGGAUGUCCAGCUUGGUAUUGGCGCUCCUUCCCUUGUGCAGCCUGCAGGAGGAUGGCUGUCGGCGAGGCAGCGACUGUGACUACUGCCAUUUGUGCACUGAGGAGGACGUCAAAGCGCGCAAGAAGCGCAACAAGCACAAGGCUCGCUCGGAGAAGCGGGCCGCUGCGUGCAUCGCCAGAGCUGCGGCUCGUGCCCACGAACUCCUUCAGGAGAGCGAGAGUCUGGACGAGCCGUAA